AUGGAGUAUCCCGAUGAUGAUCCCUCGAAUUCAAGAGCACCGACAGAGUAUGGUGACUGUGCAGAAUAUGGCGAGGGGCACUCCGAGAAGAAAGAGACACUCGGUGUGCCUGAGAUCAACAUUCGGCAGGCUGCCAGUGCAGAGACGCUUGCCAACCCCCAGCAACAUCCCGACAUUGUUGCACCUGCUGGAAUCACAGAAUGGAGCAUGACCGAGCAUGUCGUCCGGAGCAAGGAAAGGGAAGAAGCCGCGGGCUUCAAGCCUCGUGAGCUCGGAGUUACCUGGCAAAACCUCACUGUCGAGGUCCCUGCUGCCGAGGCUGCCGUCAAGGAAAACUUCUUCUCGCAGUUCAACAUCCCUCAACUGAUCAGCGAUUUUCGACGGAAACCGCCCCUCAAGCCCAUUCUGCAGGACAGCCACGGCUGCGUCAAGCCUGGAGAGAUGCUGCUGGUACUGGGUCGGCCAGGAUCAGGAUGCACCACGUUGCUCAAGUUACUCUCCAAUCGGCGUCGUGGGUAUCACACCAUCAACGGAGACGUGCGUUUCGGCAACAUGACACCCGACGAAGCGGCGAAAUACCGAGGACAGAUCGUCAUGAAUACCGAAGAAGAGAUCUUCUACCCCCGGUUGACAGUCGGUGAGACCAUGGACUUUGCAACCCAACUCAAGGUCCCGUUCCAUCUUCCCAAUGGAAUGAAGUCGCGAAACGAAUAUGUGGCCGAGACGAAGCAGUUUCUGUUGGAGGCAAUGAAGAUUGCACAUACCACAGACACUCCGGUCGGUAAUGAGUACGUUCGCGGUGUGUCUGGUGGUGAGAGAAAGCGUGUUUCAAUCAUCGAGUGCAUGGCUACUCGGGGCUCCAUCUUCACCUGGGACAACAGUACUCGGGGUCUGGAUGCCAGUACAGCAUUGGAAUGGGCCAAGGCCUUGCGAGCCAUGACCGAUGUUCUUGGACUUACCACCAUCGUCACCUUGUACCAGGCGGGUAACGGCAUCUAUAAUCUCUUCGAUAAGGUGCUCGUGCUGGACGAAGGAAAGCAGAUCUUCUAUGGACCAGCGACGGCCGCAAAACCCUUUAUGGAAGAGCUUGGGUUCGCGUACACGGACGGCGCUAACAUCGGUGACUUUCUAACCGGUCUGACUGUGCCUACCGAGCGGAGAAUCCAGCCAGGCUUUGAGAACCGAUUCCCGCGUAACGCAGAUGCUAUCCUCGCCGAGUAUAAAAACUCACGCAUCUAUCAGCAUAUGAUCUCGGCGUACGACUAUCCCAGCAGCGAGAUUGCCCGCCAACGAACUGCGGACUUCAAGGAAUCCAUCGCCUGGGAAACGUCUAAUCGUCUCCCCAAGAACAGUCCACUAACAGUCAGUUUUGCCGCACAACUCAAGGCUUGCACGAUCCGACAAUAUCAGAUCCUCUGGGGAGAGAAAUCAACUUUCUUCAUCAAGCAGGUCAUGUCACUCGUUAUGGCUCUGAUCGCGGGCUCUUGUUUCUAUGACUCCCCAGCAAAUUCCGCUGGUCUCUUCACCAAAGGUGGAGCCGUCUUUUUCAGCAUGUUAUAUCCCUGUAUCCUAGCACUGGCAGAAGUCACAGAGUCGUUCAAAGGACGGCCAGUUCUCAUCAAGCACAAGUCCUUUGCCAUGUACCAUCCUGCCGCGUUCUGUGUGGCCCAGAUCACCGCGGAUUUUCCAGUCUUGCUCGUCCAAUGCACUCUUUUCUCGGUUGUCAUCUAUUGGAUGUCUGGACUGAAGCAUACAGCAGCGGCGUUCUUUACAUUUUGGAUCAUUCUCUUCACAUCGGUCUUGUGUAUCACGGCUCUUUUCAGAUGUAUCGGCUCCAUGUUUAGCUCUUUCGAGGCCGCAUCCAAGGUUUCUGGAACCGUAAUCAAAGGAAUCGUCAUGUAUGCGGGUUACAUGAUUCCCAAACCGAAGGUCAAGAACUGGUUCCUCGAACUGUACUACACCAAUCCAUUUGCAUAUGCUUUCCAGGCCGCCCUGUCGAACGAAUUCCAUGGUCAGCACAUCCCCUGUGCGGGCAAUAAUCUUGUCCCCAGCGGCCCGGGCUACGAAAACGUCUCGUCUGGUCACAAAGCCUGCACAGGUGUGGGUGGUGCCCUCCCCGGAGCCGACUUCGUGACUGGCGAUCAAUAUCUGUCGUCGCUGCAUUAUAAGCACUCUCAGAUGUGGAGAAAUUACGGUAUCCUCUGGGCAUGGUGGGGAUUCUUUGCCGUCCUCACAAUCAUCUUCACUUCUUUCUGGAACGAUGGAGCAGGCGGCGGUGCGCAGUUGCUGAUUCCUCGUGAGAAGCUCAAGAAGACCAAAGGACUUGGAAAGGACGAGGAAGCUCAGAGGGAGAAGAAUGCCGUACGUGAGGCGGGCAAUUCAGCCGGCUCAGGUGAUGACAACCUGACUCGCAACACCUCUAUCUUUACCUGGAAAAACCUCACAUACACGGUCAAGACACCCAGCGGCGAUCGAGUGCUUUUGGAUAACAUUCAUGGAUGGGUCAGACCUGGUAUGCUGGGUGCGCUGAUGGGAUCAUCCGGUGCUGGAAAGACCACCUUGCUCGAUGUGCUUGCCCAGCGUAAGACGGAUGGAACCAUUAAGGGAUCGGUCUUGGUUGAUGGCCGCCCUCUACCAGUUUCUUUCCAGAGAAUGGCUGGAUACUGCGAACAAUUGGAUGUUCAUGAACCCUACGCUACCGUCCGUGAGGCCUUGGAGUUUUCCGCCCUUCUGCGUCAGUCUCGGGAUAUACCAAAGGAAGAGAAGCUCAAAUACGUUGAGACUAUCAUCGAUUUGCUUGAAUUGCAUGAUCUGGCAGACACUUUGAUUGGUACAGUAGGCAACGGUCUCAGCGUCGAGCAGAGAAAGCGUGUGACUAUUGGUGUUGAAUUGGUCUCCAAGCCUAGCAUCCUGAUCUUCCUCGACGAGCCCACCUCAGGUCUGGAUGGCCAGUCCGCGUUUAACACGGUUCGAUUCCUGCGUAAACUUGCGGAUGUUGGUCAGGCUGUGCUGGUCACUAUUCACCAACCUUCCGCUCAGCUGUUUGCCCAGUUCGAUACUCUCCUGCUCCUGGCCCGUGGUGGUAAAACCGUGUACUUUGGCGAUAUCGGUGACAAUGCGGCCACCAUCAAACAUUACUUUGGCAAAUACGGAGCCGAAUGUCCUGUCGAGGCCAAUCCUGCUGAAUUCAUGAUUGAUGUGGUUACUGGCGGUAUCGCGGCUGUCAAAGACAAGGACUGGCACCAGAUCUGGUUGGAAUCCCCCGAGCAUGAGCGGAUGAUGGUCGAGUUAGAUACCAUGGUUUCCGAUGCUGCCGCCAAACCCCCUGGUACCCACGAUGACGGCUACGAGUUCUCGAUGCCUCUGUGGGAGCAAGUCAAGAUUGUUACCCACCGGAUGAAUGUUGCACUCUUCAGAAAUACCCUCUAUGUCAACAACAAGGCGUCCCUCCACAUCAUUUCUGCCCUUCUGAACGGUUUCUCUUUCUGGCGUGUUGGGCCUAGUGUCACUGCUCUGAACCUGAAGAUGUUCAGUAUCUUCAACUUCGUCUUCGUCGCUCCCGGUGUUAUCAACCAGCUGCAACCCCUUUUCAUCCAGCGUCGUGACAUCUACGAUGCCCGUGAGAAGAAGUCGAAGAUGUAUUCUUGGGUCGCCUUCGUGACUGGCCUGAUUUUCUCCGAGUUCCCUUACCUUGUCUUCUGCGCUGUCCUCUAUUUCGUUUGCUGGUACUACUGUGUGAGGCUGCCUCAUGAGUCGAGCAGAGCUGGAGGCACUUUCUGGACGAUGCUGUGGUAUGAGUUCAUCUAUACGGGUAUUGGCCAAUUCAUUGCGGCUUACGCCCCGAAUCCCACGUUUGCUGCGCUCGUCAACCCCCUGAUCAUCAGUAUCCUCGUGCUGUUCUGCGGAAUCUUUGUCCCCUUCACACAGCUCAACGUCUUCUGGAAAUGGUGGUUCUACUGGCUUAACCCAUUCAACUACGUCGUCUCCUCCAUGCUCACCUUCGGUAUGUGGGGUGCCAAAGUCACUUGCAACGAGCCCGAGUUCGCCAUCUUCGACCCCAUGAACGGUACCUGCUCGGAGUAUCUUUCCGACUACAUGGCCGGUAGCGGAUGGCGCAUCAACCUGACCAACCCGGAUGCCACCUCUCAAUGCAAAGUGUGCGAGUUCCGCAGUGGCAGUGAUUUCCUGACCACCCUCAACAUCAACCAUUACUACUAUGCAUGGAGAGACGGAGCCAUCACUGUCAUCUACGCAAUCAGCGGAUACGCCUUGGUCUUUGCAUUGAUGAAGCUGAGGACCAAGGCUUCCAAAAAGGCUGAGUAG